AUCAAUUGCCAAGGAACCUCAAAGCCACCGUCAUCGGCGGGAGAGGCGUGAAGCGGAGGCAUCCGAGGCAUCAGCCAAUGUCUACGGGACACACUAUGCAGUGGAGGAGCUGCCGGAGCAUGCGAUGUCGGAGCAGGAGAUGCCGGCCAGCGUCGCAUACCGGAUGAUCAAGGAUGAGCUGAGUCUCGAUGGCAAUCCGCUGCUCAAGUAAAUUGCCCUUCUCUGCACUUCGUUUGGAAGCGAUGAUAACCUUUUCGCAGUCUGGCGAGCUUUGUCACCACCUACAUGGAAGACGAAGUGCAAACCCUAAUGUCGGACGCGAUGAGCAAGAACUUCAUCGACUACGAGCAGUACCCGCAAACGGCGCACAUCCAGAACCGCUGUGUGAACAUGAUCGCGGGCUUGUUCCACGCCCCGGCGACGGGACAGGAGGGGUCGGAGCAGGACGCGAUCGGGACCUCGACGGUCGGGUCAUCGGAGGCGAUCAUGCUGGCGAUGCUGGCGAUGAAGAAGCGCUGGCAGAACCAGCGCAAGGCGGCGGGCAAGGACUGGUCGCGGCCGAACAUCAUCAUGAACAGCGCGGUGCAGGUCUGCUGGGAGAAGGCGGCGCGGUACUUCGAGGUGGAGGAGAAGUACGUCUACUGCACUGAGACCCGGUACGUCAUUGACCCGGCCACCGCGGUCGACCUGGUCGACGAGAACACCGUCGGCAUCUGCGCCAUCCUGGGCACCACCUACACGGGCCAGUACGAGGACAUCAAGGCGAUCAAUGAUCUGCUGGUCGCCAAAAAUAUCGACUGCCCGAUCCAUGUGGAUGCCGCCAGUGGCGGGUUUGUCGUGCCGUUUGUGAAGCCGGAGCUGGAAUGGGAUUUUCGAUUAGAGAAGGUCGUCUCGAUCAAUGUCUCAGGCCAUAAAUAUGGAUUGGUCUAUCCCGGCGUCGGGUGGGUCUUCUGGCGUGCCCCGGAGUAUCUGCCCAAAGAGUUGAUCUUCAACAUCAACUAUCUCGGCGCGGAUCAAGCCAGCUUCACCUUGAACUUCUCGAAAGGCGCCUCGCACGUCAUUGGUCAAUAUUAUCAGCUGAUCCGGCUGGGGAAGCAUGGUUAUCGAUCAAUCAUGACCAACCUGACUCAAAUCGCCGACUACCUAGCCUCGGAACUGGGGAAACUGGGCUUCAUCAUCAUGAGCGAGGGCAACGGUCGCGGUCUGCCGCUGGUCGCGUACCGAUUACCUGAAGAGGAGGGCCGUCUCUACGACGAGUUCUCGCUCGCGCAUGUGCUGCGGCGGCGGGGAUGGGUGAUCCCCGCCUACACCAUGGCCCCCAACUGCAACGAGCUGAAGAUGAUGCGGAUUGUCCUGCGGGAGGACUUCAGCAUCCAUCGCUGUAACCUGCUGGUGGAGGACGUCCGCCAGGCGCUGAAGUCGCUCGAGGAGAUGGACGAGACGAUGAUCAAGCGGUACAGCACGUACGUCCAGACGCAUGCGACUCGCGGGCCCCAAGGCCACCCGGUCUACAGGGAUGAAAAACAUUCGCUCCAAGGUAAGACCGGAAAAACGCACGCGGUUUGUUGAGUGGAUUUCUUUUUUGUUUGGGCUUUGUUUGUGCGCCAAUCAAGUUUUGCGACCGGUGACAAGUCAGAGUGAACCUAUACUAUACAUAGUAGCUCAGUUCCACCCAAACAAAGGGCUUUCUUCGUAUUUGUUCUUCGAAGAAAA